AUGUUAAAAGUUAAUGUAAAUUUAAUAAAAAAUAAUUUAAAAAUUUAUAAUGUAACAACAUCAAUAUCAACAACAACACAAAUUAAACGUUUUUAUAUUAAAAAUAAUGAAAAUUUUGAAACAUUUAAUGAUCAACAAAUUAAUGAUACAGUGAAGAGAAUAUCAAGUUUACCAUUACCAAAAAUUAAAAGUUCAUUAUCUAUUGAAGAUAAAAAGAAAUUAACAGAUGUUGAAAAAAGAGAAAAUAGAGCUAGAAAAAAGGAAGUGAAAAGAUUAGAAUUGGAAAGAGAGAAAAUGAAUAAAAAAAAUCAAGAAAAGAAAAACCAAUUAAAUGAAUCAAUUAAAAGUAUUGAAAGAUUACCAAUGGGAAUUAGAUUACUCUAUCCAAAUUCAGUUACUAGUAAUAUGAAAAAAAAAUUACAAAUUUUAAAUGAAAAUUCAUUUGAACAAACUCAACUUGAAAAAGAAUUUAAUGGUCAAAAACUUCAACAAGAAAAAGAACAACAACUAAACAGUUCCGAUAUUUUCAAUAAAAAUAAACAAUUUAAUAUUUUGGAAAAAAACAAUGAAAGUUUAAAACAUAUGGGAUUAUUAUUUGGUAAAGAAAUUGUAAAUGAAAUUAAAAAACCAUUAAAUGAUUAUUAUAAUGAUGGUAGUUAUAAUUUGAUUAAUUCAGUAAUUGAGUUCUCAUUUGGUGAUAAAUUUUAUAUUGGUAUUGUAUUAGAUGUGUCAUCUGAUAAGAGAGUAUUUAAAGUUGAAAGAUUAAAAACAUUUGACAAUAAUAAUAAUAAUGAAAAUAAUGAUCAAGAUAACGAUUAUUCAACAGAUAUAAUUUAUGUUAAUAAAUUUGAUAUUGUUGAUUUAUGGGGCACAAAAAGAUAUGGUGAAAUUAAAAUUUCAGAAUUAAUUGAAUUGGAAAAACAAUAUAGAAAGGAAAGUUAUGAAUUUAAUAGUUAUUUAUCAGCAAGUUCAUUAAAUACAAAAUUUAAAAAUGAAUUAGAAUUUACUUCAAACACAGUUUCAAAAUUAAUUUUCAAUACAUCAAUACCAACUAAAAAACAAAUUUAUUUCGCUUUUAAAUAUCUUUCAACAAAUACAAAUGUUAUUAAAUCAAAAGAAGCUAAAAAUGGUUUCCAAUUUAUUACUACAAAUGAGUUUUUAGAUAGUUUUAUAAAGAAAAUCAAUAAUUAUUUAAUUGAAAAACAAAAUAAUAUUUCAAAACAACUUGAUGAAUUUAAUGAUUUAGAAGAUGAUUUAGAACAAGUUGAAGAAGAGGAAGAAGAAGAGGAAGAAGAUUUCCUUAAAGAAUUUUUAAAUAUUUAUACAGAAAAUAGUUUAAAUAAAACUGAUAAUUAUAAUGAAUUUAUUAAAGAUGAAGAAGAAGUAGAAGAAGUGGAAGAAGAAGAAGAAGAAAAGGAAAGUAUAGAUGAAUAUUCUGAAGAGGAUGAAGAAAAUGAAGCUGAAUCUGAAGAAGAAGAAGAAGAUCAAGAAAAAAAAAAUGAUAUUUUAAAAAAAGAAAUUAAAAUUUUAAAAAAAAAUAGAAUUAAUAAUAAAUCAAUAAUUUCAAAAGAGAAUCAAUUAAGUAUUGGUGAUGUUUAUUAUUUAAAUUUAUUAAAGGUUGCAGCAUUAUCACCAUUUAAUUCAUUUUCAGAUGAUCAAGCAUUUAGAAAGAUUUUAACAGAAUUAAAAUUUGAAGUGUCUCCAAAAGGUGCAAAUAAAUUAUUAAAAUCAAUUGGUUUCCUUGAUAAAGAUAGUGACUGUUUAUAUGAUGGAAAUGAUAGAAUAUUCAAAUCAAAUUUUGGGUUAUGGAGUACCGAAUUAUUUGAAUAUAUUGAAAAAAUUAUAAAUCAACCAAAUGAAAUUAAAGAUCAAUUAAGUGAAAAUAGAGUUAUAUUUAAUGAAAAUUUACCAGUGGUUGCACUUGAUAAUAAAACAACCAUCGCUGUCGAUGAUGCAUUUAGCAUUGAUUUUAAUAGUAGUGAUACAUUUGAUAAAUUAUAUGUUCAUAUUGCUGAUGUUUCUCGUUGGAUACCACAAGAACAACAACAAGAACAACAACAACAACAACGACAACAAGAAGAAGUACAAAAAGAAGAACAGGAAUCAGUUUUAAAUAAUAUUUUAUAUAAAACAAGUUUUAUGAAUUUAAAAUCAACUUAUUUCCCACAAGGUACAUAUCAUUUAUUCCCACCAGAAUUAAUUUUAUCAAUUUCAUUAUCAAGUGCAUCAAAAGAAAGACCAAUUUCAGCAAUUACUGUUGAAAUGAAUUUUUUGAAAGGUAGUGGUAAAAUUGAUUCUUAUAAGAUUUAUCCAACCUAUUUAACAAAUGUUGUAUCAUUAACAAAGGGUCAAGCUACAAGGUAUAUUGAGGAUUCAUUAAAUUCAAUUAAGUCCGAUGGCGAUACUGUAAUUGAAUCAUUUAGUGUUGGUCAAAAAUUAUUAUAUGAUGCAUAUGAUUUAUUAAAUCGUAGAAAACAAUUCCGUAUUGAGAAUAAUAAAAAUUUAGAAAAUUUCAGUAGAAUUCCAAAUGACAAGAAUUCAUUGGUAGUUAAAAGACAGGGUUUUUACAUCAACGAUAAUGAUAAAAAGACUGUCGUUUUCGAUAAUGACAACUCUGUCACUUUUAAUCAUGGUAACGUCGAUUUCAAAGUCAGUAAAUCAUUUCACUCAAUCGGUAAUGAAAUAGUCGACGAAUUCUUAUCAUCAACCGAUGAUGUUUUAACAGAUUUCUUCAAAAAGAAUGGCAUUCAUGGAUUUUAUAAAAGGUUUGGCCAAAUGACUUAUCAACGUAUUUCAAACACAAAUACAUUUAUAGCUGCAACUUCACCACUUAGAAAUUUCCCACAUUUAUUUAACCAAAUUCAAUUAACUUCAAUUUUAAUUAAAAAAUAUCAAAAUCAAAAUGAUAUUUACCCAAUUUUCAAUUGGAAUAAUAUUUCAUCGAUUGGUAAUGAAGUUAUUAAAACUUUAGAUUUAAAACAAGCAUUUGAAUCGAAAUUAGUUGAUUAUUUCGUACUUCAAUCAAUUAAUAAAGAUAUUUCAAGUCAAAGAAUUAAAAAUUCAAGUAAUCCAAAAUUUAAACCAAUUUUAGUUGGUCUUGUACAAUCAAUUGACUAUGGUGCUAAAACUUUUACUGUUGAAUUAUUAAAAUAUAAAUAUUCUUCAUUAGCUUCUUUUAGUAAAUUCUCAAAUUCAAAGAAACCUUUUAAAAAUAAUAAUAAUAAUAAUAAUAAUAAUAAUAAUAAUAAUAAUAAUAAUAAUAAUAAUAAUAAUAAUAAUAAUAAUAAUAAUAAUAAUAAUUAUGAUCAUUCAAAAGAUAUUCCAUUCUCAGUUGGUCAUAAUGUAGUUUUAUCAGUUGAAGAAUUUAAUUUAAAAACUUUAGUUUUAGAAUUGUCAUUUUUAAAAAAAAAAUAA